AUGACCAUGUGCUUGGUGGGUACAGUCUACGGAUGGACAGAGACUUCAUUUCUCCUUUUCACAUCUGGCAUCGGGAACACGCCGCUAACGUUAACACCCGACGAAUAUUCAUGGGUCGUUUCUUUGACAGUACUUGGUUCAAUGAUCGGUUCACUUCUGGCUGUCCAGUUGGCCGAUCGCAUCGGUCGUAAAUACUGCCUCAUUGCAUGCAGCAUAGUGUUCAUCAUAGGCUGGCUCGACACGCACUCCUCAACUUCUGUGCAAAUGCUAUACCUUGCCCGGGGGAUUCUCGGUAUAGGCGUUGGUAUUGCCCGCACGAUAAAUCCCAUGUUCGUGUCAGAAGUCGCCGACGUCAAACUCAGAGGAGGCCUGAGUACUCUAAUCGCAGCGAACGUAUAUCCCGGGUCACUACUAACAUACGCUCUAGGACCCUCGCUGACGUACACGUCACACCUGCUGCUUCUUGCAGGAAUAUCCGCUAUAUCCACCUUGCUGCUCAUAUGCUUACGCGAAACUCCGUAUUUCUUGGUGGCAAAAGGUAAAAAGGAGCAAGCAUGCAAGUCGAUAGCAUAUUACAAAGGCAUCGAAGAUCCGGACCAAGUGAAAGUCGAACUACGCGCUCUACGCGCAGAAGCCAGAUACGGAUUACACCAACAAUUCACAAGCGAUUUACACUCACAAUCCAGAAGUGAUUUACCCGUAACGUACAGUAGCGCUUUGCCCUCAGCAUCAUGUAGCGACUUACCCCCACCGUACAGUAGCAUUUUGCCCGCAGCAUCGAGUAGCGAUUUACCCCCAUCGUACAGUAGUUGUUUACCACCACCAUCAGGAAGCGAUUUACCCCCAUCGUACAAAAGCAAUUCACCCUCACGAUCUAUAU